GGAACCAAAAGAUCAAAUGACAUCAAGAAUGUUCAACGCAGGAGUAAACGAGGGACAAUCAACCACGAGGCCACCAUUGUUCGAUGGAACCAACUACUCGUAUUGGAAGGAGAGAAUGAGAAUCUUUAUCCAAUCCAACGACUACAAGCUGUGGUUGAUUGUGAAGAACGGCUGCGGAGUCCCGAUGAAGAAAGUCGGUGAAGUAAAUGUUCCCAAAACCGAAGAAGAGUUCACCGACGAAGAUUGCAAAAAGAUGGAGCUCAAUGCCAAGGCAAUAAACAUGAUUUAUUGCGGUGUUAACGCGGAUGACUACCGCAAAAUCUCGCGGUGUGAAACCGCAAAACAAAUGUGGGAGAAAUUGGAGGUCACCUACGAAGGAACCACGCAGGUUCGGGUGGCCAAAAUUGACCAUCUCACUCACGAGUAUGAACUCUUUUCAAUGAAGGAAAAUGAAAAGAUUGAGGAAAUGUUUGAGAGAUUCUCUAACAUCAUCAAUCCCCUCAAUCUUCUCGGGAAGACAUACACCGACCGAGAGCUCGUGAGAAAGGUGCUGCGAAGCCUAUCUCCUAAAUGGCGUUCAAAGGUGGACGCAAUCGAAGAAGGUCGUGACUUCCAAACAACGACCUAUGAUGCUCUUCGAGGAAGAAUGCCAAGGUGCAAGAACGCUUCCUCGGGUCAAGAAACGGCGGCAGAGGAGAAUGAGAGGCCAUGGCGUCGUGAAGGGAGCAAGUACAUUCACAUUCAAACGGGUCUCGCCUUCAACACUGGAGCUUCAGUCGAGAGGUUCCACAACAUCUUCCUCACGAAGGAGAUCGUCUCUCCCAAGAUCGUGAACAAGGACCUCUUCAAAUCGGCGACCUAUGCCCCGAGUAAGUCUAUGUUCCUUCAGCAAGGUUUGCUUCGUUUCAUUCAUUUGACGUAUGAAUUUUUCUGUCCAAAUCUUAUACGUCAAUUUUAUGCAAAUCUUCGUACCACUAAGGGAGGUUCGCCAUCUCUCAUUUCCUAUGUUGACGGCAAAACCGUUUUCAUUGACGGUGCCGGUUUGACUUCUUUGUUUGGCCUUCGUCGCGGUGAAAUUACCGAAAACUUGGAUGAAACAUUCCAAGAUGAGGCAAUAUGGCGACAACUCGGGUUAGAUCAUCGUGACCUCAAGUUUAGAAACUCUAGCAACCCGAGUGUCGUUAAUCUCACUUUAAUUCAACGCGUCCAACAAUACAUUUUCUCAUAUGUUUUGUUGCCCCGUGAUUCGAACCAUGGCGUCGUCAACAAGGACAAUAUUCGUUUGUUUCACGUCCUGUUGAACGAUGUCAAAUUUGAUUGGGUUCCCUUCUUUAUCGUUGCACUUAGCGAUGGCACUCGCUUUUCCCAUCUCCGUUUUGCCAUCCCCAUUAUGCAUAUCCUUGCUCCCUGCAAAGUAGACCUUACUCGGGACACUCAGGUGCCGGUUAAGAAGACGUGUUUCAUCACUGAAGCCAAGUUUUUCCGGAUCGUGUAUCGAGAGGAGGGCGAUGCUGCACCAAAUCUGGACUUGAUCGUCACUGAAGAAGAAGAAGAAAGCCAAAACGAGAAUCAAGCUGAGUCAUCUCAAGCCGGAUGUAGUCGAGCCACGGAGCGCGUCACUCGUCAACGGAGGACUCGUCCGAGAGAAGAAGCACCAGAACCAUCUUGGGUGAAGAAGAUCUUCGAUACUCUCACGUGCAUCCGAGAUGACGUUCGCCAGCUCAACGAGAGGAUGACUCGUCUUGAGCAAUCUCGCUCCUACCGUGGCCCGCGUCACAGCUUCAGCGGAGGAGCUCAUCCGGCGAACUCUCUUUGAUUGUUAUUUUCCCUUGACUGAUUAUGAUUCAUUGUUAUUUGUUUUGACUCUUUUGGUGGAUGAUGAUGUUUCCUUUCAAUGAUGCUAGUUGAUAUUAACUGCUUGUGUAUUAAUAUCAUUGUUGGUUAGGCAAUAUUGUUCUUGUUUAGUACAUAUGGUCCCUUUGUGGCAUUUUUUUUUUUUACAAAUUCUCUUUUAAAGAAAACUCUUGCCAUCUU